GGAAAAAAUUUUCUGCGGGUGUGAGGGCACACCGCAGCUGGGUGCAAACAACCUGCAGUUUUGUGCCCGAAUUCAGCCGUCGUUCAGAACAGCAACCCAUUGCAAAGCACCCAGCCAUCCAAGCAGACUCACUCACACUAUACUCAAAGCCAGCAAACAAACAAACAAACAAAAGCCAGGAAACAAACAAACAAACAAAAAUACAAAACACCCAGGUCCAAAACUCUCCAGCUCUGUGUGAAUGCAAAGCCGUUUAGAUCUUUCGCUCGGUUGCUUAAGUCGUGUGAAGCCAGGAAAAAAAGAUGCAGGUUUUGACAAAGUGAGCCCAGAUCCAGAACAAGAGGUGGUUGAAUUUAUUUUAUUUUUUUUUCUAUUAUUAUUUUUUUAAUGUUUUGAAGCCUCUAACUGCUUCCUUUUCUGGUGGAGACCAGGAUAGAGAAGAGGAUGUUGCCUUGGCAACAGAGACAUUAAAUAUCUGAAAUGCUGCCGUAGUAACAGUGCGGAGGUAGUUUAGGACUGUCGCCAUGGCAACUUUCUGGACUGGGAAGAACCCUUUGAAACCCCGAGAUUCUAAAUGUGUUUACAAUCCUUAGAGGGCGAAGAAAGGAAAAAAAAAAAAAUUCAAUAUCGCAAAUCAACAAAGCCAUGCACAGACGGGAAGAAUUGCUUGGCGGUGACAUGACGCCCGGUCUUCGUGAGCUUCUGAGCAUGUCUAGAGCACCAAGCUAGGCCGGGCUGCUCUCUGAAUCCCCGGGAGUAAAUUUCGGUCCAGCUCAACAGAUAACCUCGCCUUACAACCACAGAUGGGGCCAGAAUUUCCGUCGCUAAGCGAGGCAGUGGUUUAAGUCAGGAUGGUUCUAGAAGGAAGCACUGAAGCUGUGAGUUCUCAUUCGCUUGAUUUGCGACGGACCUGUGCCCAGAAUGGGCGUUUUUACCCUUCGGCAGGGGACAGUCUCCUGUUAACCAAAAAACCGGUGAAGUACGGGGAAUUGAUUGUCCUGGGGUACAAUGGCUCUCUGCCUAAUGGAGACAAGGGGCGUCACCGGAGCCGUCUGGCCCUCUACAAGAGACCCAAACCCAAUGGGGUUAAACCUGACAUUAUCCACCAUAUCUCCACCCCACUUAUGUCCAAAGCGUUGAGCGACAGGGGUCAACACAGCAUCUCCUACACACUCUCCCGAAGCCAUUCGGUCAUUGUGGAAUACACUCAAGAUGGCGAGACGGACAUGUUCCAGAUCGGCCGCUCGACGGAGAGCAUGAUCGAUUUUGUGGUGACUGACACCACGCCGGGGACAAACUCCUCCGUGGAUGGACAGACGGCCCAAAGUACUAUAUCCCGCUUUGCCUGCCGCGUCAUCUGUGAAAGGAACCCUCCGUACACCGCCCGGAUUUACGCUGCCGGGUUCGACGCGUCCCGCAACAUUUUCCUUGGAGAGAGAGCCGCGAAAUGGAGGACUCCUGAUGGGCUCAUGGAUGGCUUGACCACGAAUGGCGUACUGGUGAUGCACCCCAAUGGCGGUUUUAGCGAAGACUCCACCCCGGGGGUCUGGCGGGAGAUCUCGGUGUGCGGGAACGUCUAUGCCCUGCGGGACAGUCGCUCAGCACAGCAACGGGGAAAGCUGGUGGAAACAGAGUCCAAUGUUCUCCAGGACGGCUCCCUCAUCGACCUCUGCGGGGCCACGCUCCUCUGGCGCACUUCGGAGGGCCUCCUGCGCACCCCGACUUUGCAACAGCUGGAGGUGCUGCGCCAAGAGAUCAACGCCGCCCGGCCCCAGUGCCCGGUGGGCUUCAGCACCCUGGCCUUCCCCAGCCUGGCUCAGCGGGGCGUGGUGGAGAAGCAGCAGCCCUGGGUCUACGUCAACUGCGGCCACGUCCACGGCUUUCACAACUGGGGGUUCCGUAAGGAGAAAGGGGGCCUGGAGCGCGAGUGCCCCAUGUGCCGGCGGCUGGGCCCCUACGUGCCUCUCUGGCUGGGCUGCGAGGCCGGGCUGUAUCUGGACGCCGGACGGCCCACCCACGCCUUCUGCCCCUGCGGCCACGUCUGUUCUGCGAAGACUGUCCAGUACUGGUCACAGAUCCCACUGCCGCACGGCACCCACGCCUUCCACGCUGCCUGCCCCUUCUGCGGCACCUGGCUGACCGGCCAGCAGGGUUUCGUCCGGCUCAUUUUCCAGGGACCCCUCGAUUGAGCUGGAAAGGUGGGGGGGCAGCACGGCCCGCCUGACGUGGGGAGACGGGGAACAAACCACGACCUCCGUUGGGCCGCCGUGGACCGCUCAAUCUCGUCAUUUGAUUGUAUUAGACUGUGCAUCGGCCGGACGGCCACCGCAUCUCUUUCCCAUCCGAGCAUUUGGGGGGGGGGAUUGGAUUCCAAUUUGGGGAGACAGAUUCUCCUCGGUCUGCCUCCCCGUCCUCACCCCUCCCCGUGGCCCGGUUGUUCCCUUCCCGUCUAGAACCCGUCUUCGCUGCUCCGAGAAGCAGAGGUUGGCACCAACCCGGGACAGCUGGGAUUCUGAAUUGGGACUGCGUCGUUUUGGGGUGCAGGGGCUACGAAAGCCAGCCGAUUAUCUUCAAACAGGGUAUGAAUCGACAGAGGAAACUCGAAUCAAAACUCCGUUGCUUGGGCACUGUAGGCGAUCUGCACACUGCCGUUGCGAUUUCUUUAACCCAGGUUUAAGGGCGUUGUGUGAACCCAGCCUAGAUCCGCGUUUGGAUCGGUGGGGGCCCAGGAGAGCUUUGCUGUUGCUAACACAGAGAUAUAUAUAUAUAUAUCCAUUAUACUGUGUGGGUCUCUUAUUUGUGUUCGGUUUGAGAUUUUCUCCUGCCUUUAUUUUAUACAACUCAAGGUGGCAUACAUAAGGAGCUUCCUUGUAGCGGCCCCACCACAAUCCUGCGAGGUGGGUGGCUGGCUGAGGAAUUCUGGGAGUUGAAGUCCACAAGUCUUAAAGUUGCCAAGUUUGAAGACCCCCCUGGGUUAGGCUGAGAGAGGGGGAUAUCCAUCCCUCUCAAAGCAUGCUGGCUAAGGAAUCCUGGGAGUUGUUCAAGUCCACCCAUCUUAAAUCAUGCUGGCUGGGGAAUUCUGGGAGAUGAAGUCCAACCCCCUUAAAGCAUGAAGUUUGAAGUAACCCACAUUGACUUGUGGCUUCCCACAAAAGCUUGCGGCUUCGAAGCAGCCCCUAAACCAGAGACCAUCUAUAAGUUGGGGGUCAUUGCCA